UCCCGAAACGAGGGAAUGGCGACCAGCUGUGAAUUACCUCCGACAACUCACUAACACUUUUUACCGGAAUUAACUCUGACUUUUCAGCAUCACGGUCACACCAUCAUGGAAGAGAUCCUCGCGAAUUUGCUGGUGCCUGACAACACCAUUAUUCAGCAGGGAACUGCGGAGUUGAGGGCAGCCCUGACCAAGCCCGAGAGCACUCCGAUGCUGUGCGAGCUGAUCGUGUCCUCGGGAAACCCACAGAUAAGGCAAUACGCAGCCCUCCUCCUUCGAAAGAGAUACUCCAAAGGAAAGCACUGGAGCAACCUGGCCCCAGAGAUCCGCACGCAAGUGAAAUCAAUGCUCUUGCAAGGGCUGGUGAACGAGCCCGAGCGAGGUGUGAAGAAUGGAAUAGCCCAGUUAAUCGGGGUGAUCGUCAAGCACGAAAUACCCCACAACACUUGGCCGGAGAUAUUCCAGUUCAUCCAGCAGCUGGUGACAAGCGACAACCCGUCUGACAAGGAGCUAGGAAUGUACACACUGGCAACAAUGACGGAGAUGGCUCCAGAGAUGUACCUAGCGCACGCAUCCUCCCUCAUGAGUUUGCUGGGCCAGACCUUCAGUAGCCUCCAAGAGCUGGGCACCCCAGUGGCCUUCUACAUAAUUCAAACAAUGCUCCACCUGACGCCCUUAGUCGAGAACAACCAGGUGAUGGUGAACGCCUACAACCAGAUGAUCCCAGUUGCGAUGAACGCAGUCCAAGCAUUGACGCUGACAAGCCAAGAGAAGGCAGCCGAGGCGAUGGAGCUCUUUGACGAGCUCUGCGAGAGUGCCGAGACUGUCAUCUCGCCUCACAUAAAAAACCUCAUCCCAAUGUGUCUGACAAUAGCCAGAAAUAAAACCCUGGACGACGAUCUUCGAGUGAGGGCCAUUGGACUGAUCGGUUGUCUAGCUAGGACCAAGACAAAAGCCAUCGUCAAGCACAAGAUGGUGGAGCCAAUAGUGGAUGUUCUGUUUGAGCUCAUGGCGAGCCCCCCAGACGACGAGAACGACGAGGUUUACUUCAGUGGAGAGAACGAGGACAACACCCCAGUGACCUGUGCCACUCAGACACUAGAUCUUCUUGCAAUUCAUCUGAAACCUGAUAAGCUUGUUCCUCAUCUGCUGAAGCACGUUGAGCCCGGCCUUCAGAGCACUGACAUCUGCGCGAAGAAGGCGUCGUACCUGGCACUCGCUGUUCUCGCCGAGGGCUGCGCCGAGCACAUAAGGUCCAAGUACCUCGAGUCCUUCUUGAGGUGCAUCUGUCAAGGGAUCACUGAUCAAUCGCCGGUGGUGCGCAACGCAGCUCUCUUCGCUCUUGGCCAAUUCUCGGAGUACCUCCAGCCUGAGAUAAGCCAAUACUCCCAGCAACUGCUACCUGUUUUGUUCGAUUACCUGGGGCAGAUGUGCGCACACUUGAAGCAGGAGGGACGAGAGCCACCUUCGGUGGACAGAAUGUUCUAUGCACUUGAAACAUUCUGUGAGAACCUCAAUGAUGCGCUUCUCCCGUAUCUUCCGACUUUGAUGGACAGAUUGUUCGAGACACUGAGCGGUGACUCUCCUGUUCAUAUCAGGGAAUUGGCUAUCAGUGCUAUUGGGGCUGCUGCCAAUGCCAGUAAGGAGCACAUGGUGCCGUACUUUCAACGGAUUAUUGCCAUUCUUGAUGUGUAUUUGACGAAUAGCCAUACUGAUGAGACAAUGUGUCUUCAGAUCCAGUCAGUCGACACUCUGGGAGCCCUCGCCCGAACAAUCGGUGAAGAGACCUUCGCCCCCCUUGUAGGAAAAUCCCUGGACCUGGGAAUAAAGUUAAUAACCAGUACAGACGAGCCAGACUUGCGAAAAGCAGUGUACGGUCUCUUCGCCUCAAUAGCCUCGAUAACGAAAAAGGAAAUGGCACCAGUGUUGCCCCAGAUCCUGGAGCACAUUUUCAGCAGCAUCCAGAGCUCUGAGGGUAUCGUCCCUCACUUCAAAGACAGCGAGAACACGGCAUUCCCCGUGUACGAAGACACAAGUGAUAACGAGAACGACGACGAAGAGGACAUUGAGAACACAGACAACGAGGAGGACGACGAUGAGGAGGACGACGAGGUGGCUGGGUACAGCGUGGCAAACGCCUACAUAGAGGAGAAGGAAGAGGCAGUCCUGGCACUCCGAGAGAUUGCCCACCACACAGAGGACGCCUUUCUCCCCUACCUCGAGAAAUCCUUCGAGGAGACCUUCAAACUCACAAACUACCCACAAGAGGACAUAAAGAAAGCAUCGAUAGACGCUCUCUCCCAAUUCUGCAUAAACUUUUCAAAGAUAAACACACCGGAGGGUAAACAGGCACUGUCAAAAGCCAUUGGGGUUUACAUUCCCAAACUGUCUGAGAUUAUUCGACUGGAUUGCGAGCCACAGGUGGUGAUAAGUGGUUUAGAGGCAUUAGCAGAGCUUCUGAAUGAGAUUAAAGAGGAUGUUGUUGCUGGUGAGGGCCACAAAGAUGCUGUUAUGAAUUGUGUUAUUGACGUAUUCACUGGAAAAAUUGAGUGUCAGGAUCAGGACGAGGGAGAGGGGGAUGACGAUGAGGCAGAGCAGGAUGAGUUUCUGAUUGAGUGCGCUGGAGAUGUUCUGUCGUACUUUGGCAAGGCCAUUCCUGCUGAGGAAUUUGCACUCUACUUCCACAAGGUCCUGCCUUAUCUUAGGGAGAGGGUUAAGGAGAGCAAGUCCGAGGCCCAGAGGUCCUUCGCUGUGGGAACGAUAUCAGAGUGCCUCUCCGGGCUGAGGCACACUGUUGGUGCAUUCGUUCCCCAGCUUUUGCCACUGUUCAGAAAGAGAAUUGAGGAUCCCAGUCCUGAAGUCAGGAAUAAUGCGUACUAUGGGAUCGGGGAAUUGGUGCUUCAUGGGAAGGAGGCUGUUUACUCUCAUUACAAUGAGAUUCUUCAGCUACUGUCGCAGGCUCUACAGAGGGAGGAGCAUGCUGGACCCAGGGAUAAUAUGACUGGGGUCAUUGCUAGGCUCAUUAUCAGUAAUUAUUCUCUUGUCGAUUUGGAGAGGGUCUUCCCUGCUUUUGUUCAACAACUCCCUCUCAAACAGGAUUUCGAGGAGUAUCAGGCUGUUUUCAGGAGUAUUUUGACACUCUACAGGGCUGGGCAUGAAGUUAUUAAGCCGCAUAUGCAGGCACUUCUCAAGGUUGCUAUCAGUGUGCUGCAUGAGAAGAAAGCACCUAAUGAAGAAACAAAAGGAUUAAUAACAGAACUGAUAAACUCUGCCCAACGAGAUUUCCCCAACGACUGGAGUACAGUAUUCAACGAACUCCCCCACGAACUUCAACAAAUUCUCUCAGCGUAAAACUAAAAAAAAACUCAAGUGUUUAUAUAUAAAUUUUCUACGUCAUCGAACGAUUAAGAAAUUGUUGGCAACCAAUCAGAUGAUAUUACAGAGUGAACCGUGUUGUUGACCGACGCUGGUUCGGGAAAAAUAAUUAUUUAGCACUGGCUACGAGAGCCUAGUCAAAGGUCAUCACUAGCACUCGAAGCAACUUAAUGUUCCUUAAAUUCUGUUCUUAUAACGAUUAAAUGCGAGUUAAAUUCGUGCCUUAUUUUCAAUGCGAGUGUUCUGUUGUGUUUUUUAGAUUAAAAUUUUCCGGAAUUUUUGGUGACAAUUGCCAUUUGAAUUUUAUUGAGAAUUUUGGCAAGUGGCCGUAUCGAUCCAAGACUCGAUAGUGGAUAAUUUUUUUUUUUUCGAGGAUAAGGAACCAGUGACAGUUGAGUGUUUAUAUUAAAUAUAGUUUAGCAUUGAUACAACAUUUUACAUUUGUUGCUGUCUCUUUGUCGCUUGCAAUCGAUAAAUUUGAAUUAUAGUGCACAUGUAAUUGAUGCUCAUGGGGCAAUCGUUCGUGUAAUUGCAAGUGAAUAAAGGUUUUGCAUUUUUACAACUUCAUUCUUUUGAUUUUAUUUAUCCAAUUUGGUAGAUAUUUGCUUGGAAAAUCAGGUAGUCGAUUGUGGAACUCGACUAUUGGAUACCCGUGGGGAUUAGGAACUAUCAUAUCAGGUUUAAUCUCUGGAAUUUGGCAUUUGAAUAUUAUUGAGAAUUUGGGGAAGCGGCCAUAUCGAUCCAAGACUCGACAGUGACAGUUCGGUGUUUAUAUUAAAUAUAGUUUAACAUUGAUACAACAUUUUAGAUUCGUGACUGUCCCUUGGUCACUUGCAAUCAAUAAAUAUGAAUUAUAGUGCACGUGUAAUUGCAAGC